UCUGGCUGGUUUCCCGUCGUCGUCUGCGGAAAUUUGCGCGAGCGUCAGUUGCGACUGCUGCUGUUGACGCGCGUCUGCGGAUUGAUUGUCAAAAGCGUUUGCGUUUUAACACGUGCCGUGCCGUGCUGCACGGACCGCUUGCUGCACUGACGUUUGUGAAUUGUGCCCCAAAACGUGCGUUAUGUACAGUUAGAUCUACAAAUAAAUUGAAAUAUAUACGAGCAACCGCUUGAAACCAGAUGGAUUUAAAGAUCGCGUUAUCGUUAGCGCACGGAGAUACCGUGCGAGCAAUCGACGACGGCAAGUGUACAUACGCAGCGGCCAGAUGUGUAUAGUGAAAUGCCGCGAGUGUUUCAGCAUAUGAAAGUAUUCGGCAGUGCGUGAAAUUACGUUGUGGUGCGCGAGUGUAAAAGUUUUUUUUCUGCUCUAUACAGUAUAUACUCCGUAUUUUACAUCAGGCCAGUGUUUUAGUGGAGCUCGAAGCAGCAGCCUAGCCGCAGUAAGCGCAACAACGAGUAUAUAAACACACGUACCUACAUCGCUGCAGAGAGGGUCAACAGGUUGACAACAUGAGCAUCGAAGACGUUCUCGAUUACAAGAAGAGCGAAGACGAGGAUUAUUACAAGUUGUUGGGCUGCGACGAGUCAUCAACGAUCGAACAGAUAACGGCGGAAUACAAAGCUCUGGCGUUACAGUAUCAUCCGGACAAAAACGAGGGUAACAAGGAGGCCGAAGCCAAGUUCCAACAACUGAAACAUGCCAAGGAGACACUUUGCGAUCCGGAAAAACGCAGUAAUUACGACAAAUGGCGAAACAGCGGCAUCGCCAUCAGUUACAAACAGUGGCUGGGCAUGAAGGAGCACGUGCAUCAGUCCAUGCACUGGGCGACACCUAAGACGAAAGAUCGCAUGCUUCCGGAUCAAGAAGGUGCUUCAGGUUCCUCAGCAAGCCCGGUGGCUCGCACAAAAAUGCAGGCAGCUAAUGCCAAUAGACGAGCCAGCGAAGGUGGCGCAAAUAUUCAUUAUGGGGCCCGUCGCGACCUCAACUGGGACAAUCAAGCCUCGAGCGAGAUAGUCAACAAGUUUCGCAAUUAUGAAGUUUAAAUGCGUCCCUUUGCUCCCAAUCACUCCGAUCUGCACGUUACCUCCGGUAUAUUUCAUUUCCAUCUUUUUUUUUUUAUUGAAUACUGUUAAAGUUAUGUUUGUGAUGAUUUUUGCACCUUUUUCCUUCCCAAGUACCAACUCGCACUCACUAUCCCACUCUAUGCUAAAUCUCACUGAAUUGAACAGCACAUUCAUUUAGACAAAUUUGUCACAAACAUAGUAUUUACUUUAAGUUUAAGAAAGGAAUAUAUUAGCGAUAUAUGUGUUUUAAGCACUGUUGAAUAAUGUAAGAUAUCGUAAAUUGAAAUGAAAAUUUUUGGUAACAUUUCUAAAAUCAUUAAUUAUUUAAACGUUAUUAUUUUAAAUUUAAUUUUUA